AUACUCGUUUGAUGGCUGCGAAAUCAACAAUUUAUAUUUUCCUUCUUUGUUUGUAAAUUUGUGUAAAAAUUGAUAAGUGUUAAUUGUUUCGUGUAAAUAACAUUACCAGUGAUAUUUUACGACGAUGUCUUCUAUGGAUUUUGAUCUCUAGCACAAAAUAGUGUGUUCAGUUUUUGUAGGACAAGUGAAGUGAAGUGGACGCGAUCUUGCUUGGCCCAACUCAUAACAAGCUAAAAAUACUUUUGCUUCGUUAUAUAGCGAUUUGUAAACUAAACUUUCUUUUCUUAUUUGUGAUGUACCCGCAUUCCAUCAGCUCUAAAGAAGAACAGAAGACGAAUCUGAUUCCGAGUGUGAAGCUUCUUCAUUCCAAAAGAAAAGGAAUAUUCAUACACCCUUCGGCUAUGUACAGAAGUAGUGCACCCAGCUGCACGAAUAAUUUUACAGUUUCAAUAGCAAGAAGUUUGUGUGGGUAAAGUCUUGUUGCGUAGUUAAUAGAGAAACUGAAAAAAUGAAACUCUUGGAGAGUGGUCGUCUGGAGGCGUUGAGCAGCGCCCUGUCGAUCCUGAACGGUGAUAGCGCUGUUCAGAGCCGCGUAGAGAGCUACAGUUGCAAGAUGGCUGGGACUGAGAAAGCUUUCUACAAGCGAUUCACUGCUGAUGGAGAGACCUCCCGUGACCUACAAGCCCUGUCUCCACCUGAAGGGGUCAUGUAUAGUCGGAGCUUGUCUGGGGAUGAGGAUGGUGUGCUGUGCGACACCAUCUCACGGAAGACACUCUUCUAUUUAAUUGCAACACUGAAUUCUGCCUUUCCAGAUUAUGAUUUUUCAAUGGCAAAGAGCAGUGAGUUCAGUGCGGAGCCGUCGCUGAGCUGGGUGCAGGGCGCGGUGGACGGCGCGCUGUCGCCGGUGGGCGGCGCGCGCUGGCGCGGGCUGCGCGCGGCGCUGUGGGCCGCCGUCGACGAGGAAGUGGCACUGCCCGAAUGCCGCAUCUACAGCUACAGCCCCGACCUGGCCAGCGACCCCUUCGGCGAGCCCGGCUGCCUCUGGGUCUUCAACUACUUCUUCUAUAACAAGAAGCUCAAACGGAUUGUUUUUUUCACUUGCAGAGCUAUGAGCCCAGUUUGCGCGGUCGACUCUGGCGUUGAUUUUGCUAUGGACGAAGAUGAGGAGUAUAAUUAAAUAAUGAUUUUCAAAGUUGUUCAAUGUCAAUAAGUAAGAUGUGCACCUCUUAAAUGUAUAACUCCUACUUUAAAGAUUAACAAUAUUAUUAACGUUACACUUAAUUUUAUCAUCACAUGGGCAAUUAUUUUUGCAAUGGAUUGGUCUACACUUAAAAAUUAAUUGCUUAUUUUACUCAUAAGUUAAUUGUAACAAUACAUGUUGACUUAACUCAUAAGUUCGUUCAACAUUUUGAGGUUGACUUUGAGGAUUCAACGAAAUAUAGAAGUAAUUUCGGUGUACAGUCAGCAGCAGAAGUUGCUAAGCGGGCCAGGUGUUCAAAAUGAUUUUGACGCGACUUUAUUAUUAAGAGAAUAAGAGUGUGUCAAUGUAAUUUUGACCACCUCGCCCGGUUAGCAACUUCUGCUGCUGACUGUACUUUGAAGGUGGAAUAAUAUAGUGAUGGUAUUUUGUAGAAAAGGUUGUAGCAGUAGCUUUAUUUUCCGGAAUCUUUUAUCAUACUGUCAAAAUUGUAAUGUUUUUAUAAAUGUGAUGUAAGAUUUAAUAUAAGGGUCAAUUAGAUACACACUUGCUAUGGGGCCCGAAGCAUGAGUAUUUUUCCGUGUCACCAAUAUUUUUAAAGAUUUUCUGGUAUUUCGUGAAACGGAAAACUACUCUUGCUCGGGCCCGUUCAAGUGUGGAUCUAAUUGGCCCUAUAGCUUUAUGUUUUUAUUUUAAUUAUACUUUAUCAUUAUUUUUAGCAUAUAUAAAUCUCCAAAUAUUUCAGUUUGCCGGUCUUCACGCGAAUGCGGUUACCGCGGUGCGAGCGGGACAUCGCUAUGACAUGCAUAGCGGUGUGAUAGCGCGUCACUGUUCUUUUUCUUUGUAACCCCUUUCUGUCCGCGCCAAACGCUAUAAGCCUCGUGAGCCCUAAGACGGUAUUUAGUGACCCCAGGGGACCAUCGCGAAUAUUAAUAUACAUCGAUUAUGUUUCUAUCGCUCGCUUUGGUGAAGAAAUGCAAGGAAAAACUCAUAGUCGAGUUUUGUAAACACAUAGGUUGUGGGCUCCCGUGGCUUGGAUAAGUACGUACUUACGUUAGAUUUAGAGGCAGCACAUUUAUUUUUGUCUCACUAACAUAUAACUGCAUACUUGCAGGCUUAUUCGGUCAGCGAGUGGCGCAUAUACAUUUCAACUAAAUGUGUUAUCGAAAUCGAAAUAUUUUGAAUAUGUAUAUUUGUAUUAUCUUUUCUCAAGCAUGCACGGAACUACUUACCGUAGUUUUUCAACUCCCUAAUCAGUCAUUUUGAAAUGAAUGAGUGUUGAUGUCUGCAAUGGAUUUUAUAAAGAUUUAAUUGGACAGGAGUUAUAAUUUUCAUUGUUAUUUUCCGUGUAUUUUUCGAGAAAAGCACAACAUACCUCGACAGGAGCAGGGAUUGCUUGACUAGGUAUAAUUAGGUAAUUUUCUUCCAGGAUCUUGCACCACCGUUACCUUAGUUUUCGUACUCUUCAAGCAAUUCCUACUCCCCGGCCGUUGCAAGCAUUGGUGUUGGUUGCCGCAUUUAAUAGAGUGGCAUUUCUUAUUCUUCUUUUGCAAUUACAUUGCUUACACCUAUUUUGGUUUUCCCUUUAGUCACUCUUAAUUCAGAUUUACAGAAAAUUAAUGAAUUUUAGGAGUAAUCAAAUUUAUUUAGGUAUAGUUACAGAUAUUCUGGUAUAGGGUGUAGACCGUAGAUUUAGGUGUGACAUGUAAAAUAUAAAUAAAAAAGCUGAGUUAAGAUCUCAACGUUUCGUACCAAAAUAAUAUUUAAUGUCAAAUUUCGGAACAAAUAGAUAUAACUACUACUUGGAAGUAGUAGGUACUUACUGUCGUGUCCUUACAGUAUAAUCAAGUUAAAAAUCUCAAAAUAAUUAGCGACAACCAAAAAUGGUGGUUUUUUUGUGAGAUUUUAUACUUGACUACAUUUCGGUGUUAAAAACUUAUUUUGGCUUUGGGAUGUGCGUGGUGCUUUAAUUAGAAUUGAUCUAACUUCUACAUCUUGUACAAUAAAUGUGUCCUUAUUUUAUUUGUACUUUAAAAACCUAAAUUUCACGCCAUAAAAAAAACAUAUAAUAACAAACAUAUACACCGUGUUUUUUUUUUAUUUCCGUUAAUUUCAAGGGUGCAUUCCUGAGCUUAAAUCAAGUAACUUUCUCAAAGACACCGAUGUUCUAAUUAAGUCCAUUUCGGAGAUAAUCCAUAAUUUAUUUUUUUCCUAUAAGGCCUCUACAAGCGUGUACACUUGCCUUAGGGCCGGCUUACAUAUUGAUUAGUGUUUAGAAUGAGUUCAUACAUUUGCUACUAAACUUAAGUACAAUCUCGGUCGAUUGAUGUACGAAAUGACAUUGAUAUGUCACAGAUUUCAAUUGUUUGGUUGAGUUAAAUGUAAUGCCCGUAUUACAACAACGCUAUAUGCUACAUUUAAUUACUUUUUAAACAAAAAAAAAAAAAACAAAAUAAGAAAACAAAAAAAAAAAUUUUUUUUGAAAAUUAACUAUGCCAUUUAGUUCUUAUUAACGUACUUAACUAUACCCCGAAGUUAACGGAAUUCAAUAAAAACACGGUGUAUAAUGACAAAUAUGUUUUUUUUUUCUUAUUCUUAAAAGCCAUUGUUUUUGCCUUAAAAUGACUCAAGAACAUGUUCAUACUUAUUUCUGUGAAGUGUUUUGUUUUUGUAUGCGAGCGAGACUUGGCUUAUGAUUUGAAGUAUUAGCGUAAUGUCGAAAGCGGAAACCAUAUUUUUAAGUCACUUAGAAAUCCGCCUAUAUUUUAGGGCGUCACUUUCAAUAUUGUUAGCGACAUAAUUACACUGAAUUAUACAUUUUUUUUCC